AUGCCAAUCUUCAUACUCAACAUGAACAUUUUCGGACUUGAGAUGGGGAAGAAUAUUUAUUACAAUGACUGUCCUAAUAAUUCAUUACAUAAUGUUACGGAUGAAGAGAAGUGUUGUUGUGGAUGGAAUAUUUCUCAGUCGUUUUCUGCUUUUCAUGCUCAAAUAAAAGUACAAAUUAGAGACAAUCAAUGA